AUGAUUCGUUCGGGUGGUUUUGGGACUGUAUUUAAAGUGAAGCAUAGAUUGGAUGAUAAAAUAUAUGCAAUUAAAAGAGUGGUGUAUGAAGAUUUUUGUGAAGAAAAGAGACGACAAGUUCUAAAUGAAGUAAAAAGUUUGGCAAAAUUAGACUCAGAUUUUGUGGUAAAGUAUUAUCACUCAUGGCUUGAGUCCAAUCAUCUCUUCAUUCAAAUGGAGUUCUGUUCACAAAAUCUUAAGACAAUUAUUGAAAACAAAGCCAUUGUAUUCGGGAGACAACCGGAAGACCACAUGAAUAAUGUGUUCGAGUAUUUCAUUUCAUGCGAAAUAUUUAAAGAACUUUUAGAAUGCGUUCAAUAUUUACAUGAAUCCAAACCCCCAGUCAUUCAUCGGGAUCUCAAACCCGACAACAUAUUAAUUGAUCCCAACUUCAGAUCCAAUCGUUUCAUAAAACUGUGUGACUUUGGUUUAGCCAAAGAGAACAACACAAAUGGACAGACCUUUAGUAAUACAGUUGUGGGCACUUCUAGAUAUAUGGCACCCGAAGUAUUUAGUGGUAAAUAUAACCAUAAAUCAGACAUUUAUAGUCUGAAUAUAAUCGGCGGACAAUUGUUUGAUAUCGAUCUUCAAGUUUUUGACUGUACAAAUGAUUUUGAGCGCUGUUCAGAAAGGAUGUCGAAAGCGUUGCCUAAAGUCUUGCCUACAGUUAUGCCUAAUGUGUGCACAACUCGCAAUCAUUUAACGAAAAUGAAUCUUUAA